AAUUAAUCAUGCAAUUAGAUCUAUCAGAACCCCCAUCAUCCACCUGCAAAUUUUCUCUAUCUCCUUUCAGCCAGCCCGUCGAGGGACUACGUCAGUGUUCCAUCUCCCAUCUCUAUCCAUAACUUAUCCACAGCCUGGUUUACACAAAGCAUCGUUUCGUUUCAUCGAUCGAGCAGAUGGAGAGCCCAGCUAUGGUUGAUGCGGUGGUUAUGUUUCCAUCACCGGCCAUAGGCCACUUCAUAUCUAUGGUAGAGCUUGGCAAGCUCAUUCUUACCUUCCAACCUUCUCUUUCCAUUCACAUACUCAUUGUCUCCGCCCCUUACAGUGCAGGCUCCACUGCCUCCUAUAUUGCUGAUGUCGCUGCCACCACUCCCUCAAUCUCCUUCCACCGUCUUCCCACCAUUACCCUCCCCUCCUCCACCAACACACACUAUGAAACUCUCAUCUUUGAAGUCCUCCGUCUCAGCAAUCCUCAUGUCCACCAAGCCCUUCUCUCCAUCUCCAAAACCCACAAAAUUAAAGCCUUCAUUAUGGAUUUCUUCUGCUUUUUUUCUCUAUCCAUUGCCUCUCAACUUAACAUCCCCGGCUAUUUCUUCUUCACUUCUGGUGCUGGGUGUCUUGCUGCUUCCAUGUAUUUUCCGACCCUUCAUCAGACCACCACCAAAAGUUUCAAAGACAUGAACACCUUUCUUAAGUUGCCGGGUCUCCCACCAAUAUCUUCCUCCAAUUUUUCAUCGGCAGCAAGUGAUCGCAACAAUAAAGCCUACGAAUAUUUUCUAGACAUGGCCUACUGCUUUCCAAAAUCAGCAGGAGUUAUAGUGAACACCUUUGCAGUGCUGGAAGCCAGAGCUCUCAAGGCAAUAUCAGAUGGACUCUGCAUACCUGAUAGUACAACACCACCUGUCUAUUGUACUGGCCCACUCAUUGCGACCAACAAUCAAACAGAUGGUGACACCGAGUGUUUAAAUUGGCUUGAGUCGCAACUAAGUCAAAGUGUUAUCUUUCUGUGUUUUGGAAGCUUGGGGCUGUUCUCAAUGGAACAACUGAGAGAAAUAGCUAGUGGGUUGGAGAGAAGCGGCCAAAGAUUCUUGUGGGUAGUGCGUAAUCCACCUUCUGAUAGCCAAAGUUUAGACAUCUCAGCUCUGCCAGAACCAGAUUUGAACUCAUUGCUUCCUGAUGGUUUUUUGGAUCGCACCAAGGAGAAGGGAUUGGUGGUGAAAUCAUGGGCUCCCCAGGUGGCAGUAUUGAAUCAUAAGUCGGUAGGCGGGUUUGUGACUCACUGUGGAUGGAACUCGGUGCUUGAAGCAGUGAGUGCUGGAGUUCCGAUGGUGGCUUGGCCUCUAUACGCAGAGCAAAAGUUCAAUAGGUUGAUGUUGGUUGAAGAAAUGAAAAUUGCUUUGCCCAUGAAGGAAGACGAGAAGGGGUUUGUAACUGGGUUGGAGGUGGAGAAGCGAGUUAAUGAGUUGAUGCAGUCGGAUUCAGGUAAGUCGGUUAGGGAGCGAACCAUUGCUAUGAAAAACGCAGCAAAGGCAGCACUGAGUGAGGGUGGAUCUUCGCGUGCUGCAAUGUCUAGACUCGUCGAGUCAUGGAAGCAUUAACGAGUUGAGUCAGGUCGGACAUCAACCAUGAAAUGUCCUAGUAGAACUAUCAGUAAAGAUUAUCUUGAGAAUUAUAGAAUAUUAUAAUGCGUGUCAUAGCCACCCUUUCCUAUUUGGAGCAAACAUGACCCCUUUAUUUAUUCUCGAAGCUUAAACCCUAAGAGAAAACCAUUAUGCUUGAAUCGAUUUUGAGGCCCUAUGAGUUUGAGAUCAACUUAAUAAAACAACAUUUUUAAAAAAAAAGAAAUUUCAUGAUUUAUUCAAUUAGACGUAAUUAAAAUAAAUUAUAAUUUAAUAAAUUAGUCAUGAUAAAUUUUUAUUUUAUCCUCAUUAUGAAAUUCAAUUUUCUGUAGUAAUCAUUAAAUUUAAUUAUUAGUUUGAAAUAAUAUUAUAAUUCCACCAUUAAAAAAUUGAUGGAGCAGUGAUUAAGAGUCUGUCCAGACUGCAGCACCAAUAUAUACCGACUAUUACCAUCAGCGAUAUCAACCAAGGACGGUAUGGGCAUAAAAUAUAUGAUACUAGAUAAAUCAAAAAAGAAA